AUGUUAACGAAAGGAAGAUUAAACGCCGCUCUUCCAAUUUGUGAAGAUGAAAUUAAAGAAAUGGAACCAAUUAUUUUCCAUACUCCUGCAAUUUAUAAUACUAAAGUAAAAAUUCAUAAUUGGCAAAUGCAUACAUUAGCAGAACCCAGAGAUAACAAAGAAAUAUUUCCACCAAAAGGAAAUCUCCAUUUAUCAUCAUAUAAAAGAUUGGGUCCAGGAGCUAUUUGUACAGGAAUUUCAGAAACACAAGCCAUGUUAUCACAAAUAGAAUUAAAAGAUCAAUAUGAAUCAAUUAUUCCGCAUCGUGCUUUACAUAAAAUGAAGAAACUUGUAGAAGAAGUGCCCGAAGAAGAAGAACCUACAUUAACAGAUAUAUUAUACGAUGCCGAAGAAGCUCGUAGAAUGGAUUAUCAAACGACAUCAGGAAGUCAUUAUAGAUUACCUUAUCCUAUGAAACCUAGAGCAUUACCAUCGCCGCCAAAACCGGAACCAUGGUUGUUACAUCGACGAACUAUUGGAUACAGUCUGGAAGAAUUGGAAAGGCGAAAGGGGAUAAAUGUGUUUCUGGACGAUAACAUGGAACUUCAUCGACAAGUCGCAGAUAUAAAAUUAAUAAAGCAUAAAUUGCAUUCAUUUCGAGAUUAUAGUUUUCCAGAAUAUAAUUAUAUCGAUAAAAAAGAGUGCAUUUCUCGACCAAUUACCGAUAAAAUUGAAGAAGAAGCUACUGAUCAGAUCGAAAAGAUUAAUGAUCAGAUUGAUUCUUCUGAUGUAAAAGAAUGCAGUCAACGAAUUACUAGUCAAAUUCAGCAAAUUAUUGAUUCUCCUGAUGUAAAAGAACUAGAAAUUACUGGUCAAAUUCAAGAAGAUACUGAUUCUUCUAAAGCAAAAGAAUGCGAUUUAGAAAUUACUGGUCACGAAGCUAAUGAUUUUUCUAAUGUAAAAGAGUGCAAUGCGCAAUUUACUGAAGAGAUUCAAGAAGCUAUUGAUUUUUCAAACGUAGAACAAAGCAGUCCACAAAUUACUGAUCAAACUCAAGAAACUACUGAUUCUUCUAAUGUAGAACAAAGCAAUCCACAAAUUACUGAUCAGACUCAAGAAGCUAUUGAUUCUUCUAAUGUAGAACAAAACAAUCUAUACAUUGAUCAGACUCAAAAAGCUAAGGAUUGUAUUGUAAAAGGGUGCAAAAUGGAUGAAAUGUAG